AUGGCAACCGAUCCCCCCUCAAUUAAGGCUGUCAAGGGCAACCAUCGGCUUUGCUUUAUCUGUACUGAACCUGUUUCAACUUAUGCUGUAGCUCAGUGUGAUCAUCGUACUUGUCACCGUUGUUCUUUAAGACUAAGAGCAUUGUAUGAAACACGCAACUGUGCGUAUUGUAAGGCAGAACAAAAAGUAGUGUUGUUUACUCGUGAUGCACAAAAGCCUUUUAAUCAGUAUGUGCCUAAUGAUACACCAUUCACAGCCAAGAAACUCAACAUUCGAUUCGAGACACAAGACAUGUACAACGAAGCUCUCCAUAUGAUGGAAUACAACUGUCCUCAUAAAGAAUGCAAAGAGACAGCUAACGAUUGGACCGAACUGAAAACUCAUGUUAGAAAAGCCCAUCAUUUAAACCUUUGUGAUCUAUGCUGUCGACACAAAAAAGUAUUUCCUUCCGAGCAAUACUUGUAUACUUCAGCUCAAUUAACACAACAUCAUCGUGAGGGUGAUAAAGAAUUUAACAAAGAGGAUGAAACGGGUUUCUCAGGUCAUCCUGAAUGUUCAUUCUGUAACAUGCGCUUUUAUGGUCUGGAUGAACUGUUUAUUCAUUGUCGUGAUCAACAUGAGCAGUGCUUUAUUUGUGUAAGACAAGGCAAGCGUCAUGAAUAUUAUGCCAAUUAUGCCAAUCUGGAAGAGCACUUCAAGUCAGAUCAUUAUCUAUGCCUGUAUCCUCCUUGUCUUGAAAAGAAAUUUGUCGUGUUUGAGUCUACUAUUGAUCUCAAGGCACAUGAAAUAGAAGAACAUGGUGAAUCUAUCAAUGGGUUACAACGAUCACUGCAGACACAGUCAAGACAAUUAGAAGUGAACUUUCAGUACGAAUCAUUCAAAGAUCAACGUAGAAAGAGCAAGAAAAGAGAAGAACCUGUGCCUGAUUUGGAAGAAUUUCCUCGUAUAGAGAAUGUUGCUUCCUCUAGUCAAACGCCCCCUCCUGUUGCUCGUACUGUGCCUGGUGCCAGUACUAAGAAAAAAGGAAAAGGAAAAGCUUUACAAAAACCAGCUGGAUUUGGCUCCUUAUCGACUCCUACCGAAGCUACUACCCCUACUACUACCCGCCCACAAGAACCCGUCGGCCCAGACACAGCCUCUUCUCAUGCUGCUGUUCUGUCCAAGAUAGCUAAUCUAUUACAAAGCAAAGCCAAAGUACAAGAAUUUAGAGUAUUAACGGGUGAUUAUCGCAAAGACAAACUAAGUGCACAAGACUAUGUCAACCAAGUCUUUUUGUUGACCAACAGCCAUACAGAAAACACAAGCAAGAUCUUGAAAUCUGUCGAGCAUUUGAUGGACAUUGAAGAAAAGAAAUGGGAACUAGUGCGUGUGUGGCGUAAUAAACAAACUGCGUUAUCUAAUUUCCCUGCACUCGAAACAAAAGAGAUUAAAAAACCUCCUAGUUCUCGUGUGUUGGUCAUCAAACCCAAACAGACCAAGAACACAGUGGUAGGUGGUAAAUCAAAAAAGAAUGUAUGGGAUAAAGUGGCUACAGCAGCCUCUGUUGCUACCAGUACAAGUCCUACUGUAUCACCCCAACCCUCUCGUCCUAGUUCACCCAAAGCUGCACCUCGAGCCACUACUCUAUCUUUGCAGCCAAACAAUGAUUUUCCUCACUUGAAAUCCAAUGCAUUUCCUUCUUUACCUACUGCUGUGCCUAAACAUCAAAUGGUCCUCAAGAUGCGAAAUAAAUCACAAACAACCAAUGCAUGGGACAAUAACAGUGAUACAGCAGAAUCCUCUUCUUCCUCUGCGAUAGAAGAACCUACUUUGGAUAAAAAGAAGAAAGGACGUAAAAACAAAGUCUUGUUUAGAGUUGGACUUUAAGUUUUUUCUUUUUUUGUACCUGAAUAAAGAAAAAUUUUUUUUUAUUU